UUUCCCGCGCUUUUCAGUUACGAUGAUUACCGACAUCGAAGAAUUCGGCCAAUGUCGGAAGUUUUCGACGUUUCCGGUGAUUUCCGGUAGUUAUCGAGUUUUGUGUAUUUCUUUGUGAUUUUUUUGACGUUUUAUUUUCCAAAUGCUAAACAUUUAUACGAAUUGCUAAGAGAAACAAAAUUUUACUACUAAAAGCUUUUUUAUUCAAAAAUUUAUAAAAUGUGUGUCGUCCUGUGACGUCACGCUUGGGGUAUUUCCCAAAAAUUGUUGCAAUCGAAAGUAGAAAGGUAUGGCCGACAAACGAGAUUUUCGCGGAAGAUUUGCUUCGGAUAAGGGUAAAAGGCGCAGGAAACCCAAACUUAUCGUUGACCAUAACUAUGCCAAUGUUUUCCUGUGUGAUGGAGACGAUUGUAAAAGGAAAAAGUGUCCAAGUUCCUUGCACAUGACUUUACCGCAAAAAGUAAACAAGAAUGGUUGGAAAGUGGGUCGGAGGCUCAUUGAACUGAAUGUACUGCUACUCCAUCUAAAAUCAUGCCGAAAAUGCAUGCUUGGCCCAGUGCCACUUAUGUACAACAACAUCGUUGGUGAAUUGCAAAAAGGUUUAGGCGGAUAUCUAUAUGUUGUGUGCCAAAACCCAGACUGCAGCCACAUAAAUCGAGUGCCAUAUGGGAAGACCCACCAUAUAAAAAACAAGGGGAUGCCAUGCUUUGUUAUAAACACGAAACUUGGAGCAGCUAUGAUUGACAGUUUGGGUGGUGCAGAGAAAGUGAACAAUCUCCUAGCAGUCCUGAAUUUGAAGGCGAUUCAUCCGAAGAACUUGAAACUAAUGGAAACCCGUGCUGGUGAGGCUAUUCAGGAGGUGUCCAGAGAAUCCUGCAAAAAUGCUGCAAAAGAAGCUUUUGAAAAAGAAAUGAGUGAUAUUGCCCGGCAAGAGACUGAGCAAGCACAUGAGCAAAUGGUAGGAGAGAUUGAUGACCUAGGAGUGUGUCCUCUCCCUGGAGAAUCUCCAUCACUUCAACUCAGACUUCAAGCAAGGCCGGUAAUUGAAUGUGAAACAGAUUCCGACGUUGAGAAAGAUUCUGUACAGUCUGAAGUAAAUGAUCCAGUACCAGGUCCGCAGAAUGAAUCUUCUGUUAUGACAAGUACACCUCAGAAUGUACUUCAGUCGUUACUUCAUACAGAAAGAAUAAGUCGUCUGUCGGCAAUAAGAUUCGCAAAACAAUCGCCUAAGCUGAAAUCAAGGAAAAGACUUGAGAAGAAGUUUCCAUGUCGUACACGCACUGGAAUGUCCUCUUCGUGUGAUACAGCCUGGCAAAAGAAAGGUUUUGAUUCGCUUACAUCUCACACCUUCUUCAUGACAACAAACAAAGCAGGCAGGAGGAAAAAGGUCAUCAAAACAAUUGUUGGACAUAGGCAUUGUGGCAAGUGCAAGUGGUGGAAGCGGAACAGGCAGGGUCAGAAAGUAAGAACUCAUUAUUGUGUAAAAAAUCACACUGGGAGUGCAAGAUCGAUGGAAGCAGCCAGUGGUUUGAAAGGAGUUAGAGAGCUGUUCAAUGAAGGAACUCCUAUUGAGUACUUGGAAGGAGAUGGGGAUAACACUUUGAUAGCUAGGCUGAAAUCAGAUUUGAACAUUUCUCUAAAGAAACGCUUUGACAAAAAUCAUGUUGUCAAAAUGUGA